CGCCGCCGCCAUGGAGCGGCGUGUGGCGGAGCAGCUCCGCAGCGCGCUGAGCCCGCUCGGCCUUGAGGCGCACGCCUUCAAGGUUGGGUGGUACAAUGCUGUUCUGCAGCCAGGCUUCCACCUCCCCUACCCAGAUGACACCCUGGCCUUCGUGGUCCUCAGCACGCCAUCCAUGUUCGACAAGGCCCUUAAGCCUUUUGUGAAAAAAGAACGAUUAAAAAUAAUCAGGGAUCCUGUGGAUCAGUGUGUUUCCCAUCAUUUACUACGUGUGAAGGAGAAAUUCCCUGACCAGAGGGUGGAUGUCAUGUUUGACUACGAGAUGCUGCCGAGCCGAAAGCCCAAGUUCCUGGCACAGACAGCUGCCCACGUUGCUGGAGCUGCAUAUUACUACCAAAGGAAGGAUGUGAAACUCGAUCCUUGGGGGAAAAAGAAGAUCUUUGGAGUUUGUAUCCAUCCCAAGUAUGGUGGCUGGUUUGCUAUCCGGGGUCUCCUGCUCUUCCCAGACAUUCAGGUGCCGUUCCUGGAACAGCCUGCCCCUGUUGACUGUGUGAGCACGGAGAAGAAAAGGAUCGAGCUGCUGGAGCAGUUCAAUUUCCACUGGCAGGACUGGCGCUACAGGGACAUCAUUGAAGUGAAGGAAAGGUACUCGGAGGAGCAGAAAGCCUAUUUUGCCACUCCUCCAGCCGAGAGAUUCCGGCUGCUGGGGCUCUCACAGGAAGCCCAGAGAAUCACAUUUCACUGAGAAACCGGCGCGGUGGAGGGCAGAGGGCAGCAAAGGGUAACUCAUGAGCACCGGCGGAGAAGGAGAAGGAGGAGGAGGACGAGGAUGAUUAUGCUGGUACAGACGUGGCAAAUCCAAGCAGCCUCAAUGCAAACACUGCAAUCAAAGCUUCCCAGAGACAGGGGCACUGCUCCGCGGUCUGGGGGAGGUGGGAGCCGUCUGCUCUGUGCUGCUGCUGAUCUGGGGUGUCCUUUGGGUGUCCAGUAAGGUGCCAUUAGCCUUUGGUUGGGAGUAGUUCAGAAAUCCUGGCAACUUCAAAAUCGGUGCUGGGCAUUAGAGAAAUCGCUUUUGUUCUCAAUAAUUUUCUUUCCGAAUAUUCUGUUUUUAUUCUUUGUAGGUGUAGAAAAAAAUUCAGUCAUUGUACUACUUAGCUGGAUUUUGACUAAACUUGGGGCAGGUACUUUUUUAGAUGUAGCAAGCAUUUUAUUAUCCUGUAUCAUGACUCUCCCUAGGAAACAGAUGUCCAGUCUUUACAGUCUUGCCUAGGUCACAUUUAAGCAUUUAUCCAUUCAUAAAGCUGACUGGAAUAUUUGGAAAGAUGCUGAGUAAUGUCCAUAUGAUUGGAGGUUUUACUCACAUUAAGAUAACUGACUGAAAAAGGCAGUGGCCUUUUUUUUUUCAGCUAGACCACAUUUGUGUUAAAAGUAUUUUUCAGUGCCAGCACACAGCACGCCCCCACAAGGUACUGCCACAGUUUCCUGGUGUGCUUUUUGUGUGGCAAGGAUUGUAAACCUGCACACACGUAAAAGCCAUGGCACAAGGCCUUGUCAUAUGCACAGGCAAACUAGCACAGAAGAAAGGGAAAUAUUAAUGACAUUCAUGUUACUUAUAUUGCUGCAUAAAACAUGUUCAGACAGAAACACUUUUUGCAUGACUUUGUCCUGUUACAUUUGUUCAGAGGUUGCAAUGCACCUGGAAAUCAGGAAUUAUUUUAUCUUUGAGCAAUUUGAGGCUCAGAUCUCGUUAAAGUAAUAUAAUACAUUAAAAUAAUAUUUUGUAGGAGUUGUUUUACUAGACUGCAGUGCAAUGCUGCACAUGGACAGGCACUACUUUACUUUUGAUGGUAUCAACACAAUGAUGAAGAAAUACUCACUUUGCAGAACUGAGCCCUUUCUUUUUAUCCUGGGAUUCUUCGAAGUUUUUGGAGACCCCACCACAAAGGUUGCCCUCACCAUUGUUCACUGCUUGAUACAGUUGUUCAUAGCCUGUACACUAACUCUUCAUAAUCCAAAUUCAGGAUAACGAGUUUGCUUCCCUGUAAAGAGAGUAGUGAGCAUGUGAUCACUGGGUUUGUUCACUGCAUUUACUGUUACAAAAAAGUCUUUGCUGCUUUCCAUGCUUUGUUCAUCUCUGACUAAGGCAGACACCUGACUUAAAAUGUGGUAGAGGUAUUGUGAUGUUUAAUUUAAUGAAAGAAUGAAAUUUGUUUAAAAUUAGUUAGUUACAGAAAUAUUUCUGGUUCAAAUUAGUUUGAUGUUUCAGCACUUUUAAACUGAACUGUAAUUUAACAGGGGCUUGAGGUAAUGGCUCAUACUAGUAACAAAGAGAAAAUACUGAUUCUCUUAGAAGGAUAAAUAUAGAUUUAAAUCAAAUCUAUCUUUUUAUAUUACAAUUUAAAGUAAAUUAUUUUGAUUUUUUGGUAUUCAUUUCUUACAAAUAUUUAAUAUUUUGUCUUAAUUUAUUAAACAGAUUACCAUGGUCACUGCAUUUCAAUUUCUGUAAUUUAUUUAUCUUCAAAUGGUAUUUUGGUUACUAAAUAUACAAAGCUGUAAGUAAAUCUCAGUACUGAGUAUUUUUAUUUAAACAAUGCAAUUCUUAGCUUGUGGAGAACUCAAGAUGUUCAAGCAAGAAUCAAUAAAGGUGUUUUAAUAUCCUGAAAAGAUUGAGGUACCUAAGACACACAGAGUCCAGUAACUGAAAACUAAGGAAAAAAAUUGUUAUCUUAGCAGAAGUUGGUAAACUAUUAUCACAGGCCACUGGGAUAUAACAAAUAAAACCUACAUCAUAUUAUGAGUAGAUUCAAUAAAGGUUUAUCUUUUCCAAGUCAUUUCAGCAAGAGCAUUAACAGCAAGCACCAUGACAGUGCACUUCUCAUUUCUUCCUCUGUUCUUAACAGUAACAAAAGUUCCGAAUGUCUAGUGAGACAUAACCGAGGGACUUUCUCUCAGCAGCAUUAAAGUAAGACCUGUAAGUACUGGAAUUUUUACUGGUUAAAACCUAAUAGUGAACAGAGUCACAGGUCUGUGUUCCUUGUGCUUCUGGGAAUACAGUUGUGUGUGUCAGAACAGAGUGCAAAUAUUUAGCAAUAUCCAUUCCUACUACAGUGAUUUUGGAGUGACUUGGACUGGGCAUUACUUUCUUUCUCUCAGCCAGCUCACUGAGAUCCACAGCUGCACAGUGAGAUACACAGUGAUUAGAUUUCUGGUUGGAGUAUAAUGGCCUUUGUCUUAUAAAAUUGAAGUUUUGAGAGAACCUGUUUGACUUACCUCAUCUCUUGGGACAAGACCAGACAUGGUAAGGAAUGGAUCAGCCUUGGAUCCUGAGGCAUUGUGAAGGCAUUCUUAGUUUCAGCCCUUGCAAAUGUCAAACAAGUAAUUGCAAAUACUUGGAUAGAUUUACUAGUUCAAGUAUCACAUUUUACAUUUUUAGACAAGCUUUUCUCUAAAUCCUAAUUUUAAAACAUUAAAAGACUCUUUUCCUCAGUAUAACCAGUAGAGUGGGUAUUCAAGAGCUGAACAGGAAAAAUAAAAGAAAUUAAAAGCAACUUGAAUUUAAAUUCAGUUUCAGCAACAAGAUAUUUGUACAUUUCAAGCUAAUAAAAUAGUUUAUGGAGAAUUAACAAGUUUGUAAUAGUUUUAUGCAUUUACAAUUUAUCUUUAUGUUUUCCCUAUUUUUACUUCAUUAACCUAAAAAUAACUGAGACUUUUAUAACAAUUAAAGAUUUGACAGACAAUGCCAGUUAAAUACAAAGCACAGUCUAACCUUGUGACCAGCAGCCAUCGGAGUUGUUGCUCAGAAAAACCCCUCGAAAAUACUGUUGAUGGUUUUUGGUAUCAGUUUGAAUCAGUUUCAUUUCUGUGAUAACAAUAAUAAGCACUAAAGUUUCUUUGUGGUAUGAAGAAGAGUGUGGCAACCUUAUUCCUGAUACUGACUUGUUUCUUUCUCCUAUAAAAAGAGUGACUUGUAACAAGGCUGUUUUCCUCUGAACUAUGGAAAAUGAAAGAUGUUUUGCUGUAUAAAUCAGUGCUGGUGUGCCAGACAAAAAUAGCCAUCCUUAGGAGAGUAGGGAACUCUUCUGGUUUGUUGUUUUGAUUAGGGUUUUAAAGUCUGGUUUGUGUUGAUUUUUUUGCUAUGUUUUUGUUUUUUUUUUUUUUUUGGGCUAGAUUGCCCUCCUCUGGAUCAGUAUCAUAAUUUUACUCAUUCACUAUAGUAUGGAUGUUGUCUUAUUCAUUUGUGAUGAAAAUUAUUGUUGGUGUAGCUACUGUUUGACAUGGGUUAUAUUUCUGAGAAUGCACGCUGACUUGAAUUUAAAUUGAAUCAAAAAAACCCUGAGUUAAGACUGAUGUAUUUCAGAAAAGAUAGUGACAGCUACUGGUCAGUGCCAGUGUAGUUAUCAGCACUCUUAGUUAAGCCUUAUGCAAAAAGUGUAUUUAAUAAAUUAGCUUUGAAUACUGACUUCAGCAGCAGCAGUUCAGAACUUCCUCUGAGGGUAGUGGUUUUGCUGCUCACUGCAGUAGAGAAACAGCUGCACCUCUGCAAGCUGAACUUUCACAGAUUCACCAAAAUAGACAAAUGUAUUCAUGAGAGGGUUUGUGCUGUUUCAUUGGCUUCCUGUGCUGUCAUGUAUCCUGUGACAGAUCAUCCAUCACGUUUCCUUCAGAAAACAGAACAGAGCACUUCCCUUCUAGGUUUUCAAGGAGGAAACAGAGCACCAAGGAGCACAGAUGAGCUUUUAUUUUCCCUCUGUGAUUGAAAAAGAUGUUCACAUUCCUUACGAAAUAUGGUGGGAAAGUUGAAAGAAUUUAAUAUUUUGUCAUAAUGAGCAGGAAGAAAAUUUAGUGGAAUGAUUAAAAUCUCUUCAGUAAUAUACUAAGAUCUGUAAAAUGUGAUUAUAUAUGCAUACAAAUAUUUGAAAUGGCUACUAUCAUUCACUAAUAAUACAUCUGUAAUUCUCAUGUUAUCUUUGUUGAUGUAUGUACAUAACUCAGUGAGAAAGCAUUUUUACUUUUAACAACUGCAUGUUUUCUUUUCCCUCAAACACCUUGAAGAGUUCUGAAGAUCAGACACACAUAUACUAAGGUGCUUGGGGAUUUUUUUCCUCAUGUAGAACAAACCAUGGGGCAGGAAAAUUCCUUUAAGUGGAUUACAGGAGUGGAGGGAUUUUUGUUUCCUAAAUUUAUGCAGAAUCAUUGCUUUUUCUGUGAAUGUAUAAACCUUCUUCCUUUUAAAGGAAUUAGUCUUAGGUUUUAAUUUCAUGUCAUAACCUUUUUCCCAGUAUUGUUCAGACUAGUCUUGAAUCAUUCACUGUUGCUUUACUCUUCCAAAACAUAAAGAACUGCCUUAUUGUUGUGAAAGAUUAAUUUGAUGAAAUAAUCAAUUUCAGGCUAUGAUGUUUUAUCAAGACAAAAGAUAUGGUUUCAUUCAUCAGUGCUGAUACUUCAAAAAUCUGUUGCUGUGGAAUAUGGAACAUAAACCUACUGAACUUGGUGUCAGAGGACAGUGCAACCUUAAUGACUUCACAUAUAUUUAGUCACAUAUCUAUGCUCAAAAGGUUUCUUGUACAGAAACAUUCUACAUUCAGACACACGUCCCCAUAGUAUGUACAGUGAUUCAAGUUUCAGGUGAAAGAGCCAAAUUUCACAUUGAAGUCCAAACCUUUCAUCACUAGGUGUGGUGAGAACUGCUUCCCACAGGCUCAGCUCUUGUUCAGGAACACUGCAAACAACUCACAGCCUGUUCUCCUGCAGCCACCCAGGGCUGUGCAGCACAGGGCCGUUGGUAAUGCAGUUCUUUGACUCUACAUUAAAGGCAAACUCCUGGUUUUUAUUUCCAAGGAUUAAAAAUAGAGGUACUAUAUUCAUGAGCAAAACCAAUUUCUUUUGAUUUCCUUGUUCAGUGUUCUUUUUGUAUGUACCAUUAAACUGUAUUUAAAAAAAAGGAGACAGUAACAGCUCUAACACUUUCUAAUUAAUUGUCCAAACAUGCUGCAUUCCACCACUCUGCACUUACCUCAUUUCACCCUUUGCAAAAUAGAACCAAGACAUUUCUGGUUUAAGUCCCCUAUCUGUCUAGCAGUAUACAUCAGAAUACACAUUUGCAGACUGUCAGGUAAUACAGUACUGAACACCAGACCCACUGAAAAUUUCAGACAAUUAAUGCAAUAAACCUGAGUAUUUUAAUAUCAUUUUUACAUAACUCUUAUUUUGAUGUGUACCAUUACUAAAAGCUGCUUUCAUGAAGCUUUUGCAAACAGACUUUCCUAACCAAAGGGCAUCAUUUUGCAAUACCUGUGAGAUAAAAAAUUCUUGCUUUUGUUCUUUGAACUUUAUUGAUUUGCUGAACAAUCCAAUAACAUAUUCAACAAAGGCCUGAUUAAAAGGAUGGAAUACUCGUUAAGAAAAUUCUUUAGAGAAAACAUUCGUUUGAAAAAGAAAAUAGUACUUUUAAACUGUAGUAACUUUUUAUACUAUUUUUCAAAACUACUAAGAAGCUCGCUUUGUAACAAAGUGAUAAUUCUUUAAAUAUUAAGAGGCAAUUUCUUUCUUCCAAGCAUCUAAAUAUAAAUAUACAGUUGUUAAUUUUGAAAUUACUAACUCAGAAGUUGUACAAAAUCAAGUAAAGGUUAGGUUCUGUAUUUUGAGUAUUGAACAUCACAUCCUAUAUAUGCCAAGAUAUAUAGAAUUUAUGUCUGAUGCACAGCUUUGUAUUAUACAUUUAAAAAAAAAAAUCAAGUUGCUCCUACACAAACACUAUUUUCUGAAAAUUUAAUUACAAAUAUCUGUCACAAGCAUGAAGGAAUAUUUUUUUUUAAAUUCUAGAUAUGAGAGAGCACGAUUUGUGUGUAUUGGGUUUGUGUGGCAGAAUUUGGUAAUGGGGGGGUGACAGGGGUGGCUUCUGUGAGAAGCUCCUUGAAGCUUCCAAGGAAGCCACCACCAGCCAUCUGUGGGAUAACAGAGCUAAGAAUGGGGGAAUGAUUGUGUAACAACCUGCAACUGCAGAGGAGUGAGAAUGUGAGAGAAACAGCUGUGCACACACAAGGUCAGUGACGGAGGGGGAGGAGGUGCUC